CUAACACUACUACUACUACAUCCAGUCAUCCACCAUCUUAAAUAUAAGAUUUUCCAGACCGAAAACCGAAGAACUACUACUACUUCCUUUCUGUAUGUGUGUGUCGUCGCCAUGGCCGACAACCAUCAAUUACCAAACCUCGUAGAAGUCAUGGAUCUUCUCUGGUUUCAUCACACCAUUCUUUUCUCAGAAUACGUGUCACUUCGGCGCCAACUCUCCAAACUCAUUACAGAAACUUAUCCAAUGAAAUCACCUUCAAUUUCAUCAACUCCCCCUUCCACGCCUCUUUCGGAGGAAGAAAUCUCAUCAGAUUCGCCCCUUAUCCCUCUCCAGGUCUGUACAGAGACGAACAACAAGAGACCCACAAAGUCGGAUUUCGACGUAAGCCAAAGCCGCUCUCGUUCAUCGUCUCCUUGUAUGAAGAAAGGCCAGAAACAUCUUACAUACUCCAACAAUGACAGAAGCAGAAGAAUAUUGCAGAAGACCACGAGCUGCAAGAGUUUGUGGGAGCUGGAAUACGAAGAGGUGAAGGGGUUCAUGGAUCUGGGCUUCACGUUUGAUAAGGAAUACUUGACCCCACGAAUGAUGAGUGUCAUUCCCGGCCUACAGAGGCUUGGAAAGUACAACGACCACGAAGAUGAAGGAGAGGAUUACAGAUGCGGAAUGGAAGCAGCUGAAAAAAAGAAAUUCAAGGAUGAUGAGGAAAUUGAAGUGGAGAAAGAAGAGAAGAGAGGGGUGAGAAGGCCGUAUCUAUCCGAGGCGUGGUUAAUAAAAAGACCCGAUUCACCUCUCCUCAAUCUGAGGUUGCCACGGGCUUCUGCCACCGCCGAAAUGAAGAAACAUCUCCGGUUCUGGGCUAGAACCGUUGCGUCUGUGGUUCGACAAGAAUCCUGAAUCGAGUCCUUGUGUGGUUUGACAAUAUAGUAAGGAAGAGAAGGAGAAUAGGAAGAGAGAGAGACUAUGCUUAAUUGCUUAUGCUCAUGUAGCAUUACUGGUCAGUAGCUAUUGGUGAAUGUUGACAGCCUUAUGUGGGUAGAAGAGGAAAUUGUUGUGAGAUAGCGUUGUAAUUACCUUGAAAGUGGAUGGGGUUUGGGCUUUGCAUCAUCCCUGGACCCUGGGCUCGGCGCCGGAGUCGGAGUCGGCAUAUCGGCAUCUCCAAGCUUCCGGGUAUCUAAUCGUUGGGGACUGGUUGGGACCAGAUGUGAUGUACCUCUUGAUCUGAUGGACAGACAGGAAGGACAACGGUGGCAUCGACAGUUUGAAUCGUCCACGCCUCUCCCACACGCUAAUUGUACUUCAUUUUAAGUCGGACCAUGUGAAUGUCACACUCACAUGUUGAGGUUGGGAACUCUGGUUCGGUCUAGCCAGGCCAACAAAGGACAGCCAUUACAGAAGAGAAGACGAGGAGAGACAUUUGUUUGUUCUGUUCUGCUGUACAAAAUAAUAGCUAGUCAAAUACAACUACAAUAACAAAGUUUGAUUUAAUUUGUUUUUCAAAUUUUCUACAACACAAAGACAAUAUGGAUGUAUGGCCAUAUGGGGUUGGGCAAUCCCUUCCAUUAAUUAAAAAGCUAUUUCUAUUUC